AUGACUUCAGUUAAUUUUGCUAAAGGUAAAAUCUAUGGUGUAUUACGAGCACGUGUAGUCGCUGAUAAUGGUGAAGAUCAUUCACAUAAAACCGAUGAAAGUCAUUAUAAUUUAAUAUCAGUUGAUGAUGAACAAAGUCAAACUGUAGAAAAAUAUCAAAUAAAUAUAGAUAUUCAAUCACUUCAAUCAGCUAAUGUUAAAUGUAUAAUAAUUGAUCCAUUUGUGAAUACAUCUAUACCAUUUUCUAAUAUACCUAUUGGUUUUACACCAUUACAAUCCGAUGAUAAUGAUAAUAUAGCAUUAGAUUUUAUCCGACGACCUAUAUUUGAUAUAGAUCUUCUAACUAAAUCUCAAGCAUUAACUGCAAAUGAAAUAGCUAUUCAACUUGAUAAUUAUUUUAAAACUAAUCAACCAAAUAUAUUUGUAUUUGGAACAAAAUAUGAUGAUAGUCAUACAAUAGAAACGAAUCAUUAUGGUUUACAACGUGCAAUAAAAGAAAAUAAACCAUCCCGAGGUAUAGAUGAUAUUCAUAUGAAUCAAAUUAUUGGCAAAGAUGGACAUGCAUAUCAAGAUGGAGCUUUAUUUAUUCAAAAAGAAAAUGAAGAAAAUUCCUAUAUUGCUUUUUUCUUCUGUUUUCUAAGUCAAUGUAAAACAGAAGAAUAA